AUGACGCCGACUUGCCCUCGUGUAUCUGAUGGAGAUGGCGACACGUACGACGACUGGCGGCUGGACAUCAAUGUCAACCAAGCGCUGGUUACGGACCUGACGGAAAUUUUCUUCGAGGUCAUCUACCCGGUGUUCCCUCUUUUCCAUCGGUCAUCGUUGCUCCGAAAGGUAGCUCGCGGCGAGCAUCUCACUAAUCGAUCGUUGGGUGCUUGUGUCAUGGCCAUAGCUGCGCUAGCAUCCGCACGUGUACGUGACAACGCGCUGGGUUCGAACGCAUACGAUUUGGCUUCACUACAGGAUCCGUGCUCGGAAAGACUGUUUGACGCUGCAGAGCGGGCGAUGCCCAGAGACGCUCCAUUUACCCAAUCGUUCGAUUACAUGCGCGCUUCUGUCAUAUUGGCUAUCGUGGCUAUACAGUAUGGCAAGCCGGCGUCAACAUACACGCUCGACAUCUUCACUUCCGUGGUCUGGGCUGGAGUCGUCAGGAGUCGGGAAGCCUCGUCAAGUGUGUGCUAUCCACACAAGGGCGACUUCGAUUUGGAUUAUGAGAAUGCACGCUCCAUUGCUGCGCUCGACGACCAUCCCCAUUGGCUCCAAGGAUGGAACUUCGUCACGGAUCUGUACCGAAUCCUGGAGCACGCUGUAGACAAUCUACGGCGUCUGCGAACUCCUGUGCGCAGGACACCGGUCGUUCAAGCUUUGUUCGAGGACAACAUGGUCUCACAAUUCGCCGUACUUGAUCAGAUCAUGACCAUGUAUGAUGAGCUCCCCGACAUCUUCAAAACGACCAAGCAGCCGACGGCAAUCUCAAUGAGAACCUUUUCAGCUUUCAAGCGGCCAACAUUGCAGCGACUAUACAGCUCGUGCAAGUGCCUGGUCGCUGGCAAAGUCAUUGCUGGGUUCGCUUCUGUGCCGGUAGCAUAUUUGCGUGCAAUCAGCUCGCCUCUUCUUCACUAUCUGGCUGAGAUUGGAAACAUACUCGGCGCGGCUUUCGAGGACGGAAUGACUAGAGCAACCUACCAUUCAGUACGGUCUGUACUCCUUGAUCUUGCCAAGCUUCUGGCAGACCUUGAAGUCCAUCUGUUCUGCCCUCCCGGCGCGAGCAAGAAGCUUCACACUAAAGUCUCUCGUAUCGAUCAGUUUAUGAAUGCCGAGCUGCAGCUCCACACAUCACGACCCGUUGAUGUUGCAAUCGAAGCCCAGGCUGGGCCCGCUGCGAGGGAUUCCGCCAUAUCAGACGGUCAAGCAUUGCUUCCUGUGCCUACAGCAGACUACUCUUCGCCUCAAUAUCGCUUUUCACCGGAUCUCCUCGAAGAUUGGACUUGGGCGUUGAACUUUGCGUGA